AUGAUUGAGUAUGAUACUAAUAUUAGAGAUGAGGUUCGAAGAGCAUAUCUACAAAAAGGACCUUGUCAACCUAGAGGUCAUUCUUUCCCACAAAGUAAUAUCUCAGGAAUUAAUCGACGCUUCAUUCCCCAAUGGUUUGAUGAAUUUGAUUGGUUGGAGUAUAGUGUAUCUAAAGAUGCUGCAUUUUGUCUUUAUUGCUAUCUCUUUAAAUCCAAUUUUGAACAAGAGGGUAGUGAAGCCUUCACUGGAGCAGGGUUUAAGAAUUGGAAGAAAGGGAGAGAAAGAAUGAAGGUGCAUGUUGGACCAGUUGGUAGUGUUCAUAAUAAAGCUAGAGAAGCCGCUACAAAUUUGAUGAAUCAAAAUACACAUAUUGAAACGGCUGUGAGCAAACACUCUGAACAAGCUAGUAUGGCAUAUCGAAGAUGCUUAAUUGCAUCAAUCAAGUGCACUAAGUUUCUAUUGAGACAAGGUCUUUCUUUUCGUGGAAAUGAUGAAAGUGCCACUUCAAGCAAUAGGGGAAAUUACUUGGAGCUAUUGCAAUUCCUUGCAGACAAUGAUGAGAAAGUUAAAGAAGUUGUGUUGGAAAAUGCUCCGGGGAAUCUCAAGUUAGUAGCUCCAAAGAUUCAAAAAGAUAUUGUCAAUGCAUGUGCCGGGGAAACACUUGAUGUCAUCAUGAGUGAUUUAAAAGAUAGAUUCUUUUCUAUAUUGGUGGAUGAAGCACGUGAUAUUUUUGUGAAAGAGCAAAUGGCUAUGGUGUUGCGUUAUGUGGAUGACAAAGGGCAUGUAAUUGAAAGGUUUGUGGGGGUUCAACAUGUUACCGACACCACUUCAAGUUCACUAAAGGAUGCCAUUGACAUAUUCUUUUCUUCCAAUGGUUUGAGCUUUUCCAAGUUACGAGGACAAGGUUAUGAUGGAGCUAGCAAUAUGAGAGGUGAGUUGAAAGGCCUUAAAACAAAGAUUUUGAGAGAACAACCUUGUGCAUACUAUGUUCAUUGCUUUGCUCAUCAACUUCAACUAGCACUUGUUGCCGUAGCAAAAAAGAAUAUUGAUAUUGCCUCUUUCUUCACAACCACUAAUAGUGUGGUUAACCAUGUUGGAGCAUCGUGUAAGCGGCGUGAUGCACUUAGAGCACAACUCCAAGAAGAACUUGUGAUAGCUUUUGAAAAUGAUUGUCUUAUAACGGGCGAGGUUUGCAUCAAGAAACAAGUCUCAAACGUGCCGGUGACACACGAUGGAGCUCACACUACGGCUAUAUUGGGACUCACAAAUGAUGUGUCACAAGCAUUGCAAAAGAAAGAUCAAGAAAUUGUGAAUGCAAUGGCUUUGGUGAAAUCAUGCAAGGAAAAGCUACAUUGGAUGAGGAAUAAUGGGAUUGAUGCAUUGGUUGAAGAGGUGUCUUCAUUUUGUGACAAACAUCAUAUUGAUGUUCCUAACAUGGAUGAGGCCUUCGUACUUCCAGGGAGGUCAAGGCGUAAUGCUCCAAUAAAGACAAAUCGUCAUCAUUAUCGUGUGGAGCUCUUUAUUUAUGUCAUUGACGAGCAACUUACGGAGUUAGAUGAUCGUUUUAAUGAGGUAAAUACUGAGUUGCUUAUUUGUUUGGCAUGUUUGAGUCCAAAUGAUUCAUUUGUAGCUUUUGAUAAACAAAAGUUACUUCGUCUUGCUCAAUUUUAUCCUCAAGACUUUUCGGAUGGGGAUCUUUUGGCACUUGAUGAUCAACUUGAGCUUUAUAUUCAUUAUGUGAGUUCGAGUAGUGAUUUCUCUGACUUGCAAGGGAUUGGUGAUCUUGCAAAAAAAAUGGUGGAGAUCAGGAUGCAUCGAGCAUUCAAUUAUGUGUAUUUGCUUAUUACAUUGGCUCUAGUUUUACCGGUUGCUACUGCUUCAGUCGAGAGGGCAUUCUCCGUCAUGAAUAUUAUCAAAGGUCCACUUCGAAACAAAAUGGGAGAUCAAUGGUUGAGUGAUAGCUUGCUUGUUUAUGUUGAGAAGGAUGUUUUUGAUUGUAUUGAAAAUGAAGCUAUAAUGCUACGUUUUCAAAAUAUGAAACCUUAUCGUGGCCAAUUGCAUCCAAGAGACAACAACAACACAAGGCAGCACAGCAUCCUUUCCAGAAGCCAUCACCCUUGGACUUGGUUUCUACAGGUCCAUGAUGGGCAGAAGCAGGAUUUGGAGCAUAUCUUGUGGGAUAACCAGCAGGUGGCGGAGCCUGCACGUAAGAAGGUCCCGGUGCCGGUGCUGUCGAAAAGGUUGGGGAUGAGGGUCCAUGAUGAGCAGAAGCAGGAUUUGGAGCAUCUCUUGUGGGAUAACCAGCAGGUGGCGGAGCCUGCACGUAAUAAGAUCCGGGCGCCAUCGAGUAAGGUUGGGGAUGAGGAGGGUAUGCUGCUGCGGAAUUAG